GUGUCAUGUUUAUGUCACGUGUAGGAGAAAUGUUGAACGGUGGACCGCGGCAGCAGCAUGUGAGGUCAGAAAAAGGCUUACAGUUUCCGUGUGACCCGCAUACAUAUCGCAUCAAUGCGACGUAAAUUGAUUUUUCUGGCUGGGAUAUACCGCGAGAGGCCACGCGCGCACAUCGACCGGCAACGAUCGUACAAUGAUUUAAAGUACUCGGUGUUUUCGCGGCUUUAUUGUCACAUUUUCCAUUAUUUUAUCGCGCCUCAGAUAACGAGCAUCCUCUAAAGACAAGCGAAACUAACUCCCCCCCGGUUACCAAUUUUGCGUUGUUUACAUGAAUUUCCAAGUGUUACGACAUAAUUAUCGAUAUUUCACUUCUGCAUGAAUACGUCUCGUUUUAUUUUUGGUAGUCGAUGAAACGAUCUUCUCCGACGAUUUCUGGCUCGUCAAAGAUUCCUGGACACGGUUCUGUGGAAGAAAGUGAACGAAUAAUUAUGUCGAUCUCGAUUGUGAUCACAGUAAUAAUGAUGAUGAUGAUGAUAAUAGUCGGAAGUUGCGGAGCUUACGAGAAGGAUAGAGUCCUCCGGUUGUUGGAUAUUCCUCGUCAUUUCCGCCAAUCGAAGGAAUCACGAGAGAACCGAGGACAUAUCGAGCAAUGUCGUGCCACGAAUCUUCGGAAGGAACAGUUGGGACACGUGAACGUGUUCGCAUUUUUGGAUCCCUCCUGGUAUUACAGCUACAGGCAAGCAAUCAUGUUGGGAUUAUUGAAGAAGCGAUUAGACAAGUCCGAUUUUUCGAAUAUCUUGUUCUUCAUGGUGACGCCACCGUCAGAUUUGCCGGAAGACAGCACGGAGAACAAUAUAGAGAUAAAAGCGUGGAGGGAAAUAUCUAAAAAUAUACAGGAGUCCGAGUACUUUUUGGACUUAGAAGAAUCGUUAUUCGCUGACGUUGAGAACAAGAAAAAGGACAUCAUUUUUCUUCAAGACACCUCCGAGUUGGGUAUCUGGAGAAGUUUUCGUGCAUCGAAAGACGAAGUAAUCAUUAUCGAUCGCUGCGGUAAAGUAACUUAUCAGAUCAUAGUACCCUGGAGUAUACUAUACUUCCCCUACGUUAAAGCGGCCAUUCUUUCCACGUACAACGAAGAUCCGUGUGGUCCUUGCUAUGAACAAUCAACGAUAGCACGCGAUUCAGUGGAAUACGAGGAAUACCUUUUAAAAGCUAUCAAUUCAGAUGAAAUAAAGAUAGAUAAAAAUCUUGAUACGCGUACAGAAAGAGUAUUUACCAAUUUAAAGACUAGCAAUAUAUCCUCAGAGGGAUUAAAAGAAAUUGAAGAUGAUAAAAAUACUAGUACCGUCGUUCCUUUUAAUCCAAGCAAUAAUGGAAGUACGGUUUAUGAUAUCACAACUGAGUCGACGGUACGAACUACAGAAAAUAUGAAAAACGAUGACAAUGUACGAGACAACAUUCUUUUUACCGAUAAGAAUAUUGAAAUAACUUCUGAAAUACCAUUGGAACAAGAACAAACUCAGAUACCGACUAUAAUAUCAAACUUCGCGACGACCGAAGUAUACAGUGAAGCGCAAGAUUGCAUCUUUUCCAAUAAGCACGUAAAUGGUAAUAACAACUUUUCCACGAGUAACGAUUCAAAUACUGAUUUAACAAGAAAUCACGAAGAUCUUCAAAUUAAAUCAAAUAUUAGUUUGGAAGAUGUGAAAAUGAAAGAACAAGAAGUAAGUAAGAAUACUGAGCCACAAAGUCCAAACGACGAGAAUAUGCCUUUACGUAUUAUAUUAUACGCUCCGCAUUUACAUGAAGAGAAUGGAACAUUCAAAAAAUAUACGCACUUAGUUCUAAAAACAGGAAGUCCUGAUUAUCAUGAUCAUUUUAAUAGUAAAAGUACAACUUCUGAUCAAGAGCCAGCAGCAUUAAAAAGGUCAGAAUCAACGAUAUUAGACGAUAAAACGUUGGCUCAAUUCGUACAUAGCGUAGACGAGAGUCCAGGAGUAUAUGGAGAAAUAGCAGAUUAUUGGCAAACUAUCGACGGAGAUGAACUUAAUAAUAAAGACGAAAAUACAGAGUAUACAGAUUACGACUACGCUACGGCAGAGGAUACAGAAAGUAAUACUAAUGAUGCUUUCGAUAAUGAAAGCAGUGUAUUAAAACCAAGCGAUAUCGAUUCAACUGAUUCAGACAUGAAUAUUACAAAUAACAAUAAUUUGGAUGAUUUUAUGCAACGAAGAUUAAUCGAGCACUAUAAUAAAUUAUUAACAUGGAUUUACUAUAUCAUUUGA